AAGUGAAGUUAAUACAGGUUUGAGUUAAAAUGAGAUGUUUUAUUGUCUUUUUGAAAUGAAACCACAAAACAAAUUAACAAGUGACUAAUUAGUAUUGUUUUCGUUAAUCGAAGCUUUUACUUUAAUCUGAAGUUAUCUUAUCUGCAAAUACCUUAAAUACAACAGCUCCAGCUCUGGUCAGACUAUGGAGAAAAUACGCCAUGAUUUCCAUUGCGCAGUGGAAGCCAUGUUGGCGCUACAGUGGAUUCGGGCUGGGAUUUUCUGACGCCGUAUGUUUUUCUUAAAAUAUCUGUUUCAUACAUUGUUGGGGUUCGUCAACUGUGCGCGAUCGGUGCCGUAAUCGGCAGUGGAAAUGAUGAACUCCAGUGUCGACCUGUCCCGGCGGAAUCCGCAAGAAGAUUUCGAGCUGAUCCAGAGGAUAGGAAGCGGCACAUACGGAGAUGUGUACAAGGCUCGUAAUGUAAACACAGGAGAGCUGGCUGCUAUCAAAGUCAUCAAGCUGGAACCGGGUGAGGACUUUGCUGUCGUCCAGCAGGAGAUUAUAAUGAUGAAGGACUGUAAACACUCCAACAUUGUUGCCUAUUUUGGCAGUUAUCUCAGGAGAGAUAAGUUAUGGAUCAGUAUGGAGUACUGUGGAGGAGGUUCUCUGCAGGACAUCUAUCACGUGACCGGGCCUUUGUCAGAGUCACAGAUAGCCUACAUGUCACGGGAGACCCUGCAGGGCUUGUACUACUUACACAAUAAAGGCAAGAUGCACAGAGACAUCAAGGGAGCCAACAUCCUCCUGACAGACAACGGCUAUGUUAAACUAGCUGACUUUGGUGUAUCGGCCCAGAUCACAGCAACUCUAGCCAAGAGGAAGUCAUUCAUUGGAACUCCAUACUGGAUGGCUCCAGAGGUAGCAGCAGUGGAGAGGAAAGGAGGCUACAACCAGCUGUGUGAUAUCUGGGCUGUGGGCAUCACUGCAAUAGAGCUGGCUGAACUGCAGCCACCCAUGUUUGACCUGCACCCCAUGAGGGCUCUCUUCUUAAUGACCAAGAGCAAUUUCCAGCCUCCUAAGUUGAAAGACAAACUCAAGUGGACAAAUAACUUCCACCAUUUUGUCAAGCUAGCUCUGACUAAGAACCCAAAGAAGAGGCCCACAGCAGAGAAACUUCUGCAGCACCCCUUUGUGUCUCAGCCGCUCACCAGGACUCUGGCAAUAGAGUUGCUGGAUAAAGCCAACAACCCCGAUCACAGCACUUACAACGACUUUGAUGAUGAUGACCCUGAACCAGAGUCUCCAGUCUCUGUUCCUCAUCGCAUUCGUUCCACCAGCAGGAGCACUAGAGAAGGAAAGACGCUGUCAGAGAUUAACUUUGGUCAGGUGAAGUUUGAUCCUCCACUGAGAAAGGAGACAGAACCCCAUCAUGAACCGUGUGAUUCUGAGCCCUAUCUGGACUGUGUUGAGGAGCACUACUAUACCGCGAGAUCUAAUCUGGACCUGCAGUUUGAGUAUGGGCAUGGUUCACCAAGUCUGCUGGGAGGAAACAAGAGUCUUCUGAAAUCUGUGGAGGAGGAGCUACAGCAGAGGGGCCAUGUGGCACACUUAGGGGAUGAUGAGGAUGAUGCAGAUGAUGAUGAAACUCACACUCCUAAAUCAAGCACUAUCAUGAGGCCGAAGGUCCCACCACCCCUUCCUCCCAAGCCCAAGUCUAUCUGCUCAUCCCAGCAGCAACAAAAACACGACGACAGCCAAUCACACAGCGAGGAUGAUGGCGGAGAGGGAGGGACCAUAAAACGCUGUCCCGUCCCAGAGACGGCGAGCCCAGCCAAGCCAGCCUCCAACGUACUCCCACGGCCUCCGCCCCCGAAGCUGCCGCCCCAUCGCCGCAGUAGCCUAGGUAACAAGAGCCCAAAGCACAUGGACGUCGAAAACGCUGCCACAGAGGAUGAUGGGAGCUUUAGGCAUUUCUGGGAGUGGCUCCACACGCCUCACACAGUGGAGGAGCUGGAGGAGGCUUGGGAGGUGCUGAAGGAGGUGAAAGAGGAGCAGGAAAAAGAGGAGGAAAAGGGAGAGAGUAAUGGACUGAACUCUCCACACAGUGACGAGAGGAACAGUCCAGCAGAAAGGCAGUCAACCAUGCCCCCUAGUGUCCCCAUACGGAAAGACAAGAAGGAUGUUCCGAAACCAAUCAGUAACGGGCUCCCACCUACACCCAAAGUCCAUAUGGGUGCAUGUUUCUCCAAGGUGUUCAACGGCUGUCCUCUGAAGAUCCACUGUGCCACGUCUUGGAUCAACCCCGACUCCAGAGACCAGUACCUGAUAUUUGGAGCUGAAGAGGGAAUCUACACGUUAAACCUUAACGAGCUGCACGAGACCACAAUGGAACAGCUCUUCCCCCGGCGGUGUACCUGGCUAUAUGUAAUGAACAAUUGUCUCCUAUCCAUAUCUGGAAAAGCCUCCCAGUUGUACUCCCAUAGUCUGAGUGGUCUGUUCGAACAGGCCAGACAGUUACAGAAGUUACCAGUAGCCAUUCCAACACACAAGCUGCCUGAUAAGAUGAUUCCCAGGAAGUUUGCUGUGUCCAAUAAAAUUCCAGACACUAAAGGGUGUCAAAAGUGCUGCGUAGUGCGCAACCCAUACACAGGCCACAAGUACCUGUGUGGAGCCUUCCAGUCCAGUGUCAUGCUGUUGGAGUGGGUGGAGUCCAUGCAGAGGUUCAUGCUCAUCAAGAACAUCGACUUCCCGUUGCCGUGUCCGUUGGAGGUCUUUGAGAUGUUGGUGGUUCCUGAGCAGACCUACCCUCUGAUUUGUGUGGCUGUCAGUAAAGGCACCGAACUCAACCAAGUGGUCCGCUUUGGCACCGUCAACCCCAACUCUACCUCCUCCUGGUUCACAGAAGCAGACACACCACAGACAUGUGUGAUCCAUGUCACUCAGCUAGAGAGAGACACUAUCCUCGUCUGCCUCGACAGAUGUAUAAAGAUAGUGAACCUCCAGGGCCGGUUGAAAUCCAGUAGAAAGCUAUCAGCUGAGCUCACCUUCAACUUCCAGAUUGAAGACAUAGUUUGUCUCCAAGACAGUGUACUGGCCUUUUGGAGGCACGGCAUGCAGGGACGGAGUUUCAAGACCAACGAGAUCACCCAGGAGAUCUCUGACAGCACACGCAUCUUUAGAUUACUGGGAUCAGACAGGGUGGUGGUGCUGGAGAGCAGGCCUACAGACAACCCUACAGCCCACAGCAACCUCUACAUCCUGGCAGGCCAUGAAAACAGCUACUGAGACACACACAAACACAUAUCACAUGCUCUAAACGGCCUGUCACUAAUGCAGACAAUGGAGUGAGCAACUGGGAGACCUACUUGCUUCCACCCUACCACUAACCCACCCAGCCUCCACCUUCUCACCUGGCCUGCUGGCAUUCUAACUGGGGGGUGAGCAGUUGUCUGUGGAUUCCCCGUUCCAGUCAUUUAAAAUGCACCACAGUGUUACAUGUGUAUCAGUUAAGUGUGUUGUAGUAGGAGAGCAGGUGUUGCACUUGUUAUUGACAGGGUGAGUGUUAAAACAGCUGGUCUCAGACCAGUGUGGGCAGAGAUAGCUGGGGAAUCUCUCCUCUGCACUUUAUGAGUGACUUCAACAGAUGAUCUUCCCUGAUACAUCCCAUCUUCCUUCACAUAAUGCACACUGGGGACAGUGUCCAGUGCAGUUUGACUUCAGCAGUACUUCUUCUACUACUACUUCUACACAUGCUACUACUACCACUGCUACUGCUACUCACGCUAGAGCCAUCUUGCACAGAGAACCUUCCCUUCUCUCCUUCAUUGUCUGUUCCUGUCUCCUCCUUCCACUUUCUAUUCCUUCCCUCUUUUUUAACUAAGGCCUUUAUUUAUUGUGGCAUGAUGUAACUUUACCAGAAUGGCUUUCCUGUUUUAUUUGUUUUUUAAGAACAACAAAAACUGA